AUGUAUCCCAAACGUCCUAGCCAGGAUGAUCCUGUUUCUGGGCCAUUACGCACAAGUGAUAGGAUUAAAACAAGGCCACCAGGUUAUAACCGUGCACCAUUCUUGUAUUACAACUCAAAUCUUAGGCGCCCCAGGAAAAACAAGAAUAAGACGAGGACAGCAGCUUCACAGAUUGCUAAGAUGCUGCGUCCAGGUCCAGGGAAUCGGAAAGCACAUGACUCAAAUGCUAAUUCUGGCUCGGCCAACCUUCGGCGCUCAACUAGGGAGAGAAGAAUUAAUGUAAAUCUUCGGGAGUUUGCAGACAGCUCUGGAUCCGAGGAUGCAGAUUUAAUGAGUCGUACACAUCGGCCAUCAAGAAACCGGAUUAGCAACAGUGUCAGCCGGGAUGAUGUAGUAUCUUCUAAGCGCAAACGUGCAGUGGGUACUAAACCAGCACCUCGACGGGAAGGUCUAAGGCCUCGUCGAUCGAAAGCUGCUGGUAGUGAAGGAUUAAUUUCAGAAUCAGAUGAUGGUCAAGACCUUUCAGAGGAGAAAGUUGAACAAGAUGAAACAGAAAAUGGAGACGAUGUUGAGGAAAAUGAUGCUGAAGAUGGUCAUGAGAGGGAGGAAGAUGCUGAGGGUGAAGAUGAAGGUGAUGAGGAUGAAGGUGAUGAGGAUGGUGAUGAUGAAGACGGUGAAGAGGAGCAGGAUGGAAGAAGGCGUUACGAUCUUCGAAAUCGUGCGGAUGUCCGCAGGUUCUCUAUGGAGGAAGGGAAGACGCGACCAAGGUCUCCUCGAAGAGUGUUACAUCAAGGUAUGGGAACCAAGGUCAGCAGGGAUGUAAGGAAGGGUGGAUCACGUGUUCACAAGCGCCACCGUUUAACAAGGCCUGAAGAUUCGGAUGACUCCCUUCUUGUGGAUGAGUUGGACCAAGGCCCUGCUAUUCCAUGGGGUCGAGGUGGUGGCCGAUCUGGCCCACCUUUUCUUUUUGGGGGCCUAGACACGCAUGGAACAACAGCUUGGGGAUUAAACCUUGCUGCAUCGGGUUGGGGUCAUCAGGGCGAUGCUUUUGCUACUCUAACUUCAGGGAUUCAAACUGCUGGUCCAAGCUCUAAGGGAGGGGCAGAUAUCCAACCCUUGCAGGUUGAUGAUAGUGUGAGUUUUGAUGAUAUAGGCGGGCUCUCUGAAUACAUUGAUGCUCUAAAGGAAAUGGUUUUCUUUCCAUUGUUGUAUCCAGAUUUUUUUGCAAGUUACCAUAUAACUCCACCUAGGGGGGUGCUGUUAUGUGGCCCCCCUGGCACGGGAAAAACAUUAAUUGCAAGAGCUUUGGCUUGCUCUGCUUCAAAAGCUGGUCAGAAGGUUAGCUUUUACAUGCGCAAAGGAGCAGAUGUCCUAAGCAAGUGGGUAGGUGAGGCUGAAAGACAACUGAAACUACUUUUUGAGGAAGCACAAAGGAAUCAACCUUCUAUUAUCUUCUUUGAUGAAAUUGACGGACUUGCACCCGUGAGAUCUAGCAAGCAAGAACAAAUUCACAAUUCCAUUGUGUCCACAUUGCUUGCUUUGAUGGAUGGUCUUGAUUCUCGUGGACAAGUUGUUUUAAUAGGUGCUACCAACAGGAUUGAUGCUAUUGAUGGAGCCUUGCGACGUCCUGGCAGAUUUGAUCGUGAAUUUAACUUUCCCUUACCUGGUUGUGAGGCACGUGCUGAAAUAUUAAAUAUUCAUACUCGUAAGUGGAAACAUCCUCCUCCAGAGGAACUGAAAAAGGAACUUGCAGCUAGUUGUGUAGGUUACUGUGGUGCUGACCUAAAGGCACUCUGUACUGAAGCUGCCAUUCGUGCUUUCCGUGAAAAAUACCCACAGGUUUAUACAAGUGAUGACAAAUUUCUCAUUGAUGUUGAUUCUAUCAGAGUAUAUAAGUGUCAUUUUAUUGAAGCAAUGUCUACAAUUACUCCUGCUGCUCAUAGAGGAGCUACUGUGCACUCUAGGCCACUGUCACUUGUAGUUCAACCAUGUCUUCAGAGAUAUCUGGAGAAAGCCAUGAGUACUAUAUCUGAUAUUUUCCCUCCAGUAUCUGUUGCAUCAGAAUUAACCAAACUUUCCAUGCUUUCCUACGGGUCUGCAAUUCCACUUGUAUAUCGACCUAGGCUUCUACUUUGUGGUGGUGAAGGCACUGGGCUGGAUCAUCUUGGGCCUGCGGUUUUACAUGAACUGGAAAAAUUUCCUGUGCAUUCUUUAGGACUUCCAUCUCUUCUGUCAGAUCCCAGUGCAAAGACACCGGAGGAGGCGUUGGUACAUAUAUUUGGUGAAGCUAGAAGAACGACACCAUCAAUUCUCUAUUUACCACAGUUUGAUGUUUGGUGGGAAACUGCUCAUGAACAGCUCAGAGCCGUUCUACUGACUAUGCUAGAAGAAUUGCCAUCUGACUUACCUAUCUUACUUCUUGGUACAUCCUCAGCUGCACUUGCUGAUGUUGAGGAAGUGCCUACUUCAGUUUUCCCUCAUCGCUCAGUUUAUCAAGUGAACAUGCCAUCUACCGAAGAUAGGACCUUGUUUUUUAAUCGUUUAAUAGAAGCUGCUAUGUCGAUAUUGUUGGAGCGAAUCAGCAACAAAUCCCAGGAUACAGGACGCCAUUCUGAACUUCCCAGGGCACCAAAAUUGGCGAGUAGCCCAAAGGCAUCUGAGCUAAAAGCAAAGGUUGAAGCUGAGCAGCAUGCACUUCGAAGAUUGCGAAUGUGCCUUAGAGAUGUUUGCAACCGGAUAUUGUAUGACAAACGGUUUAAUGCCUUCCAUUUUCCAGUCUCAGAUGAAGAUGCACCUAAUUAUCGCUCAAUUAUACAGAACCCAAUGGACAUUGCUACUAUCUUGCAGCAUGUUGAUAACGGCAACUAUAUUACAUGUGCGGCAUUCCUGCAGGACAUUGAUCUUAUUGUUUCCAAUGCAAAGGCUUACAAUGGAGAUGACUACAACGGCACUAGGAUUGUCAGUAGAGCUUGUGAGCUCCGUGAUACGGUGCAUGGGAUGCUCUCUCAAAUGGAUCCAGCACUGGUUGCAUUUUGUGACAAGAUUGCUAGCCAAGGUGGCCCAGCUCAUUUGCCUGAGGAAUUAGGGGCUUCUACAUUCCCUGCUGCUCCUGUUGUACAGCUGGGUACCACUACUAGAACUAGCGCCCGACUUCGUCAUGUCCAACCAGAGGUUAACAUGGAUCAGGGUUACGAAGUAUUGAAGCGAACUAAGAAGAUUGGUGAUGCCGACCAUACAGCAGAAAGCAAAUCACAAGAUCCGAAACCAGUAAAGUCUUCUCAGGAGCAGCAUCAGAUACAUGAUGAGGAUUCUGAAAGAAUAGAACCUGAAGCAAUUGAUGGAGAUUUGCUUGGAUCUUGUACAAAUAACCUUGCUGAUGGUAGCAGCCUUCACGAUAUCACAAUGCAAGAUGGUGAAUUUUCAAGACAGGUUGAGUCUGUUAAGCAGCAUUUCGUUAAGCGCAGUGAAAAAUACAGCAUCCCGCAACUUGAAAGGCUUUACACAAGAAUCAUGAAGGGUGUGUUUGAAACCAAUGAUAAAGGAAUGAAUGAUAAUGACCUCAAGAAUUCUGUUUUGGGGUUUUUGUUGAAAUUUGUAGAGGAUGAUGCGAAUUUCUGA